AGAAAAGAAGGGAAGAGAGACAGAUGGAGGAGACUAAACAGAGAGAGACUUGCAGAAUGACAGCAGGUGCUACACACAUAUCAGACAUGAGGCUUGUUCUUCUGGGAUGCAGAGGUGCGGGGAAGAGCGCAUCAGCAAACACCAUCCUGGGCAGACAGGUGUUUGAUACUACAGGAAGAACAGCCGUGGCUGCUUGCGUGAAGAGAGAAGGAGAAACAGCAGGCAGACACAUCACUGUGGUGGAGACACCAGGAUUUUGGAGUUACGACACUGUGGAGGAAACCUCAGAAUGUGACAAGCAAGAGAUUGUCCUCAGCGUGUCCCUGUGUCCUCCAGGACCCCACACUCUACUCCUGGUCAUCAGGGUGGAAGAGACAUUUGGAGAGACAGAACGUAGAUCAGUGCAGGAACACCUGGAGCUUCUGGGUGAGAAGGUCUGGAGUCACACGAUAGUGCUGUUUACUUGUGAGGAUCAACUGGAAGGCAAAAGCAUUGGGCAGCACAUCGAAAGUGUUGGAGAGUCUCUGCAGUGGAUUGUAGAGAAAUGUGGGAACAGGUACCAUGUUGUGGACAACGAGAGGAGCGAUGAUGGCCAGGUGACAGUGCUGCUGGAGAAGAUCGAAGAGAUGGUGGCAGCAAACGGUGGCAAUCUUGUUGAAUUUGACCAAAUUCAGUUCAAGAAACAGUUGAAGAAGAAGGAGGACACAGACAGAAGAGUAGAGGAGAGGAAGAUGAAGGUGCAGGAGCAGAGAGAGAGCAUCAGGUCAUCACCAGGCGGUGUCGAACACAUCUCAGCCAUGAGGAUUGUACUGCUGGGACACAAAUACGCUGGAAAGAGUUCAUCAGGAAACACCAUCCUGGGCAGACAGGAGUUUGACAUUCCGGCUAGAAAAGCGGAGUGCGUGAAGAGAGAAGGAGAAACAGCAGGCAAACGCCUCACUGUAGUGGAGGCACCAGGAUGGUGGCAGGAUGCCUGUUUGGACGACACCCCUAUCCGCCACAAAUGGCAGAUUAUCCGCAGUGUGUCUCUGUGCCCUCCAGGACCCCAUGCUCUACUCCUGGUCAUUGAUCUGGAUGACUCUUUCAACCAGGCCAGCAGAAGAACUGCACAGGAACACAUGGAGCUUUUAGGAGAGACAGUCUGGAGCCACACUCUAGUGCUGUUCACCAAAGGAGACCGGCUGGGAGUGCCUAGCAUUGAGCAGUACAUUGAGAGCGGAGGAGAGUCUGUGCGGUGGCUUGUAGAGAAAUGUGGCAACAGGUACCAUGUUGUGGACAAUGAGAAGAGUGGUGGUGGCCAGGUGACAGAGCUGCUGGAGAAGAUCGAAGAGAUGGUGGCAGGAAACGGAGGCUCCUUUUAUGAAACCUUAAAGAAACAACCGGUGCGAAAAUCAACCUCCACAAAGCUAGUGUUAUCAACAACAUUUUGAUUUAAUUUGUUGAAUAAAAAAAUCGAAAAUGUUGUAUGGAUACAUUUUGGUAUAUAUUUUUUAAAGACACAUUAAUGACUGACUAUUUUACUUCUGUCUGUGAAAUAACCAAUGGUUUUAAUAUUAACAUCUACAUAGUCCAUGUUUUUGAUCUGACAUUUUUUUUUUGAUAAUAUUUCCAUGUAUACCUUUUUUCUCCCAUCUCUUCCACAGUUUGUGAUUCAUUAAUUGUUUCUCAGGAAACAAAAUAGAACAUCCAUCUUCAACUGCCAAACUCAGUCCCUGGAAAAGUGUGGGUUUUUUACUUGUACAUGUCUGGUAUCACUAUGAAGUCCAUCCCUACAUAUUGCAAAGGAUGGUUCUUGGAAAGCACAAUGCCGUUAUUGCUUAUGAGUACUUCUGUGGGGGUCCGUUUGCACUAGCCCGCUGAUUCUCAAACUGUGGGUCGAGGCCCACGGGUGGCCAGCGAAGGUAUUCCAAGUGGGCCCUGAAAUUAUUUUCGAUAUAUCUGAAAUUAAACAGGUAUUUGUUGCUGCAGACUAUUCAUCAUUUCAUUUGUAUUGUUUAUUUGGUGGGCCCCAAACAUUUGGGAACAUUUCAAGUGGGCCACCAGUUGGAAAAUGUUGGGAACCCCUGCACUAGAAGCUGACAGGGCGGACAAAGGGUUCAGUUGUCCCGGCCAGGCCCAGGGAGACGAGGGGCCAGACAAUGGGUCCUCAUUACAUUGUAUGUAUUGUGUGGGGGUCCCUUUCGGAUGACAUUGUCCUGGGCCCAGCCAAAGCUGUUAGCGGCCCAUCAUCAAGGUACUCUACUUAUUACAGGGUUCCCACUCCAUAUCAGAUGUAAAAUUCCAUGACUUUUCCAAUAAAAUAGAAUUUUCACGACCUCUCGUAAAACUAAAUGUCCAAAAUAUUGGUAAGAAGAGGACAUUUAGCUCUGUGGUAAUCAAUUUGUAACAGCCAGUCUUUCUAAUUUGCCAUUCAGUGGCAGACAGUCA